UUGCAGGACAUGGACAUCGGCCACCAUGUGAAUGGCCUGCGUAAGCACCCAUCCAACGAGGAAAUGGAAGGAAAUAGUGGAUGAUUGGGUGAGGCUGCACAACUCAGGUGGUGAUGGUAGUGGCUCCAUCAUAUGCGAUGGUGACUCACCUGACAAAGUCCAAUCCAAGUACCAUCAAAAUACUCAUAUGAAAGUCUUGAUUUAUUUUUGGUUCUGCAGGAUCAUUGCGUCUCUGCGAGCUAAUCAGCUCUGUGAGCGUCUCCCUAGCCCCAAUGGCGAGUCAACUGUUGAUUGCCAUCAGAUCUCAAAGAUGCCAAAUCUUGCAUUCACCAUAGCAAAUAAGACUUUCACCUUAACACCAGAGCAGUACAUAGUGAAGCUGGAGCAAGCAGGACAAACUAUCUGCAUCAGUGGGUUUAUGUCAUUUGAUGUACCGCCUCCUCGUGGUCCUCUCUGGAUACUUGGUGAUGUUUUUAUGGGUGUCUACCACACUGUUUUUGACUUCGGCGAGAACAUGAUUGGGUUUGCCAAAUCUGCAUGAGGACUGGAGUUCUGCGCUUUAGUAGCAUGUCCAGUUUGUUAUCCCGGUAUUGUACAUAUAUAUGUUGCCAACUGGUGUAAUCCGCAGUGUUUAAUAGUAUAUAUUCAUGCAGAAAUCUAGAAGAUUGUGGCAUGAUAUGUGUUUGCAAAUGGAGCUAUGUUAUGUAUGGAGCUCCAGGACCUAGAGUUUUAUGUAAAGGGAGACGAUGAGGAUUAGGGCUUUUAACCUAUUCUCAUCACGUUAUUGUCCUGAUUACUAUGUGUAAGUAUGGUUGCUGAGCUUGUUUGGGAGCAAGACAAUUGGAGGGGAUGAGUGGACUAAAAUUCCCUUCCUAUCAAAAUUGAAUAUGAAGAGUAUUUUAGCU